AUGGUCAUUGGUGAGGGAAACCCCACGAAUGGAACGCUCCAGUUGAUCCACUACACGGAGACCAACAUCGACAUCAACUGCCUCAAGGAAGUUAACGGCCUGCUGGCGCUCGUCAUCCUUUUCAAGGAGACGGAGAACAACAAUACCGCGCUGACGGGCUUCAUGAAGGCGGUGCGCGAACUCCACGUGCCGGGCAACGACACCCCGCCCAAGGACAGCGCGGCGGUGGCCAGGUUCUUCAUGUCCUACUUCACGCCGGCCAGCACCGAGAACUACUACCUCUACUCGGGCUCGCUCACUUUCCCGCCCUGCACCGAACGGGUCAUCAACGUGGUGCUCAGCCGCUCCGUCGAGAUCGGCAAGGACCAGCUGGUGGAGCUGCGCAAGUUGAAGUGGCGGUUCCAGCAUCAGCCGUGCUCGUCGGCUACGGUAGCUGGCAACGUGCGAAAGCUCGUGGCCAGCGCCACGGGGGCUGAGACGCGGGCGGUGUACCGGAACUUCCGGUUCAUGACCCGCCAGGGUGCCACGGUGCACGCAGCGCCCUCCGCCGUCGCCCUCGUCGCUAUUGCGGUGCUGCUCGUCGCAGAGGCCGCUGCUACGCCGCCCGACACGGCCUGGACGCUUCCAUAA